UUAUGUACAAUAUCUUUGCCCUUUGGCAGUCCUGCUGCCAAUAACUAUUGUAAUUAUAUCGAGAGCAGCUGUGUAUGUAGUAUUCAAGUCUUAAAGCAACCGAAAAGCAAGUUUCGAAAUUUUAACGUUCGGAUUAGUUCUCGUCUGCAGUUUAAGCUCGAAAUGGAGAUUAAUAAGAAGAAUGAACAGCCGCAAGACGACGACUCGCAAGCGUCCACUUCGUCGUCCAUUUCGAAAUUGAAUGACACCAAGCUGAAGUAUUACCAUACCGUAAGUCCCGCAAUCAACGCACUCGACGAGCUCAUGCGAACGAUGAACAAGAUAAGCUUGAUAACAUUUGAGGAUGACUUGUCUGAUGUCGAAGAGUUGCUGACGAAUUGCGUUACCUCGCCGCACGAUCGUUCUCGCGGCGGUAAUGAAAGUUCCUCCAGCUCUACCGUGGCUAGAAAAUAUUUGGGUGCAUGCCUGUCGAGUCCGAAGCCGUUUGUCAACACUUAUGAAAGAGAUGGCGCGGAAAAUCGCGCGCAAUCGGAAGAGAUUGAUCUCUCGUUGUCCCAGGACGCUCAGAAACCUCUGUCGCCAAGAAAAUUGCAAGAAAUCGCCGAUUUGUUUUCGGACAGCGAGCCAGAGGAUCCUCCACGUCACAAGGAUCGUAUUUAUGUAUCCGAGGCGUACUUCUUAUUGAUGGCAUCCAACAGGAAUCGAAGGAAGACUCUGCCCGAAAGACCACGAAGCGAUUCAAGAGACAGCGCAUUCAGUGAAUUUAUGGGAUCCGAUGAAGAGUAACUGGAGGCUUGCCAUUAAUAUAUGCGAACAAGGAAUAACGAAUCGGCGAGAAUCACGAAUCGCAGCUGUACAUGGCAAACGACAUUAUCUCUCAUUUUUUAUUUUUGUGAAUUAAGUUACAUUUUGAACAAGUUUUGUGUGUGUUUGAUAUAUAAUUAUUAAAAUAACUAAGUUUGAUCGAUUAGAUAGUUUGUUAUUAGGGUUUGAUAAGAAAUUGUCUGGUUUGAAGUUGAGCUUUUUAUCAUGUGACAAAAUAAUUAGAAAUAAUAUAAAUAAUACAAGAUAAUAAUACUUUGAUAUACUAUUUCUUUUGAAAAAUAAUAAUGUUUGAAGAGAUAUUUUAUGAUUCGUACACGGAAAGAAGGAUUCUGCUGGAAGGUCUAAAUAGUUGGCUGAUUACAGAUCUGGAAACCAUCAAAAUAAUUUUGUUGGAGAUUCAAACUGACUGCUGGAA